AUGUACAGAAUAGAUGUUUCAGAUUUUUAUGACUUCCAAACAUUCAGAAAUAUGUGUCCAUUUCGAGACUAUAACAAAGCAGUCGAGAAUUUGAAACGUUUAGUCAUUUAUGUCGACUCUGCCCCAGAAUUUUAUGUUAUGAAAGAAUGGGAUGUUGUCUUUAACAAACCAAGAGCAACAAUAGUUUCAGAACAAGAAUGUAGACAGAAACUUAAGAAAAUAAAAGUCGUACAAGUUGGCAUGAAGAUGUUAGAUGCUUGGGAUAUCUUAUUGUCAAAACUUGAAGAUUUUUCAGUUCGUGGUAUAAAGUUUUAUACACCUUCUCCAAACUUCUAUUCUAUCUUCACUGGAUAUAAAUAUGAACAAGUAGAAUGGAAAGAAAAUAUUAUAGAAGCUUGGUUAGACCAUGUCAAAGAAAUUAUAUGCAAUGGAAACGAAAGAGUCUAUGAGUAUAUCUUAUGUUGGUUUGCAAACAUCUUACAACAUCCAAGUGCUAAAAAUGAAACUGCUCUCAUUAUAAUUGGAAAACAAGGAACAGGUAAGAACACUUUCUUUACAGAUAUCUUAUGCAAACUGUUAGAGGGCUAUUCGAACCCGAAUAUGACAAACUUAGAAAACAUCUGUGGCAAGUUUAACUCUUCAAUAGAGAAUAUGAAACUUAUAGUAUGUAACGAACUUCAAAGUAUAGAUACAACAAAAGUUUUGAACUCAGAUGCUUUGAAGAGUCUUAUAACAGACAAAGUUGGAGUUGUUGAAAGAAAAUAUAAAGACCAAAGAGUUUGUGAAAAUGUUGCAAAUUUCAUUAUGGUUUCAAACAAUGCUGUUCCGAUGAA